GAAAUCGGUUAAAUAUUAAGCAAAACUAGUUGUUCUUCUUUAAUUAAGGGUUAAAUGAUGAUAAACACAAGUAAACCGGUGGUACUGGUGAUACCAGGAAAUAUAAUUAAGACCAAGCUGAAAAAAAAUGGUGAUAAAGUUGCAAGUUUGGAUGUGAAAUCACCAAAAAGCUGCUACGAAAGUGCUGGAGAUGAAGAAGAAGAGGUGUUACGACCUGAGCAACCACCAAACCUGUUAAUUGAAAGGUUACCAGAGCAUAUUGUAUUACAAGUGUUUCAAUACGUUGACCAAUUUGAUCUUGUUAACCUAAGUUUGACAUGCUCCAAGUUAUAUCCGAUUGCAGUUGAAAGAUUAUAUCAACGAGUCACGGUUGUAUUGAGCGGAGAAUUUGCAAAAGAGUAUCAGAGUGAUUCCCGUCAGUUUAUCCGAGAGAAUGGAAUCAAGCAUAUGGAUAGUUCUUUAAUAUUCAAGAUACCCAAUUUGAUUAAAUUUUUCAAAAGCUUACAUAAGAAUACAAAGUUGAUUCAAUUGGUUAAGUUUUUCAUUUUUGAUAAGUGUUAUCCAUAUUUGAAUGAUAUCAAUCAGUUCCAGAGUGACUUGAUUGAAUUUUUCGGGAAAUAUCUGCACGAAAUGAAUUUUUUACACAUUACCUUUAUUGAUUUUUUAAGUGGGAUUAAUAAGUUAACCAAUUUUUUGAAAAAUUCAAACAUUCGAAACAAGAUUUUUAAAUUAUUUGUUACCGAUUUACCUAGUUUAUAUGAACCCAAGGUACCUAAAGGACUAACUAAUUUAUUUUUAAUGUUGAAAGAAGAAGAGAUUCUGGAGAUUCUGGAGAUUGAUUUGAGUACUGAACCAUUCAACCUUUUCAAUUCGCUUUUCACCUUAACUUGCAGCACUAAUAAUCAAUUUGGGUUAGAAAUCUUGAAAAAAUUUCAAUUAUUUAAGGAUUUAAAAUUGAAUUUAAAAGGGUUAACCAUAUUCCAUUGUCACAAAGAGAGUUUAAUUGAUGAUAAUUUCAUUAGUUAUGAUGUCAAGAAUGAUGACGUGAUAUCAAAGAUUGAUAAGAAGUUAGAAUUUGAUAUUAUUGAAGAAAAAAUCGAAUUAAAGAAGUUGAAUCAUAUUUAUUUAAAGAUUGACUGUUUUGAACAUCGGAUUAAUAAUUGUAAUUGUUUUGAAAAAUUUUUCAAAAAAUUUAAUCAUUUUGUUGCCAAAAAUGAUGGAUUAUCCAAUCUAACUAGUUUUGAUAUUGAGUUGUAUCCGAAUUAUGAAUGGUUGAGACCCCAUCUGAUGUGUGAGUAUAUCCUUAAUCCAUUGGGUGAAUAUAUUAAGAAUUUGAAAAAUUUAGAAAGAUUAACUCUUGAUUUUUCAACUCCAGCUUUCAAAAUGUUUGAUAAUGGGAUUGAAAUGUCAAGCAUCUUAUUAAAUAAAUUAAAUGAACGGUUAAUUGAAUCAUUUUUCCAAAAUUUUAAAAAUUGUGAUUUUAAUUUGAAAACUUUACAGUUACCAGAUUUUUUAACUAGUUUCAUCUACUAUAAACCAGAUUUUUAUCAACUGUUCCUACAUACUUGUCAAUGCUAUGGGUGUCAAUUAGUUCUUGACCGAUUAAAACAAGAUUUCUAUCCUUUAAACGACAUUGAUGAGGAUUCGAAUGAUUUAGAUCUUGAAAGCACUUACUACAUCCUAAUUGGGUUUAUAUUGGGUAAACUCCAAGCCGACCGAGAAGUCUGUGUUCCCAUUAAACAAAAGACUUUCAAUUAUAAAAAUUAUCCAAUAUUUAAAGGCCAACCCCAUACCUUACAUUAUAAUUAUCAUAAUAAAAAUUCUUGUCCCUGUGAAUUAGAAAAUGAUCCUCUUGGCUUGAAAGUCGACAAUAUAGAUAACCUAGUCACCAUCUAUAUCAUCCAUCAAUUGAAUCCCUUCGUCGACUACUUAUCCACCAUUUUCACCAACCUAGAAAACUUGAUGAUUCAUGGAAUUUACUAUGAGUAUAAUUCGGAAUCCAAAGGCUUGACUCCGAUCUUCGACCUUGCUGAUUACCCAAACCAUUUCCUCGAUUCAAAUCUCACUUGUACCAAAUCUGACCUACCCUUUGCUUAUUUUAGAUAAUUAUUUAUUUAAUG